AUGAAGCUCGGCGCGGUGAAGGCGCAGCCGGCUGAAAUCGACUGGGCAGCAGAGUUUGGCGAGGAUGAAGAUGAAUUCACGGUCGAGGAGACCCCCGAAGAGGACGUUGAAGUCGAGAUUUUACUCAAAGAGAACCGCCAGAAGGGACGAGCAUCGCAGAACGGAGAUGAGCAGGACAAGAAGCAGCAGCCUCAGCCCUCCUACUCGAUUCGCAAUGGCGAUAUGAAGCUGACCUCAGCGCUGGCCGUACCUGCCAAGUCAGCGAUGUCGAUUGGAAGGGCUGGCGGUGCCAGUACUACAACAAGCAACGAUGCUGUGAGCACCACAUCAUCUGCAGCUUCCUCUUCUUACUCGAUGGAUGGCUCGGAGGCGCGCUACGCAGCUCCCAUGCCGCGAAUCGACCUCGAUACGCACCAGGUCGUCGAACCUUCUCCAUACGGCGCCUUUAUCGAGAUCCGUACCAUGGCCGCCACAAUCAAGAUUAUCGCCCUCGUCCAUCUCAUGAUGUGCCUGGUCUACAUCCUGCUGCCCACGUUCAAGUGGAUGAUCUUUCCCAACCUGGGCGUGGCAGCUGUCGGUCUGUGGGGCGCCUUUGCCUACAGCGCCCGCCUCACCCUCGCCUUCAUGACGUUGGUGUGCCUCAACGUGAUGCUGAUGGUGGUGUUCAUGCUGCUCGAGCUGCUCAACCACACCAUUCAGGGCAGCAUCCUUGUCAUCGGAUUCCUCUUUCUGGUCGGCGAGCUGUUCAUCCUCAACUACUGCUAUCAAUUUUGGAAGAAGCUCCCAUCCGAAGGGUUCUUCACGAGCUUCCGCCAGUUCUUCUCGUCGAACGAGGCCAGGAUCGGCGGGUUCGCCAUGGACGAAGAGGAAGGCGCCGGCCUCUGA